UGCUCUUUAUGACAUAUGUAUUAGGUUAAGACAUCACAGUUUGACUUUGACUAAUGUAAAUCAUACUUUAGUGAGAGGAAACGUGAUCCUUUAGGGGUGUGCUUAGUAUGUCACCAGGCAGGUAUUGGUGUUUGAGCAACACUGUGUUUCCCUGUUCUUUUUUUGUCUACCUGUGUCACCUAGCCAUGCCCCUCGACCUCAUGCAGUGGAUAUAAAUGUGUGGCCAGAGUCGGACCAGACUGAGACAAGUUCCUACUGCAGCACAUGGUCAUGGGGAGCCAGCGAUAUCCAAUCAGUGUGCGUUUAACCGGAGUCAUGCACAAGGCGAAGAGCAAAAUGUUCAUCACCUCAGUGCUGUGGUCAGAUCAGGACGACAUCAUUGUUUACAGAACCUUAAAGGAGUUCCAGAAACUACACAAACAACUGAAGAAAACAUUUCCAGCAGCGAGUAAGCUAAAAAAAUCUGACAGAAUCAUACCUAAACUUCAAGUCAGGAAAGUAAAACGGGGCGGACGCAAGAAGGGGCACAAAAAGUCACUGCUGCGUCUCAAGAUGCUGCAAAAAUACUGCAAUAAACUUCUGAGCUGUGACAUCCAGGUCCUUCGGUCUGCAGACCUGGUCCAGUUCUUCCAACCCACGGACCAGGACCUGCUGCCAGACUUCUCCAAAAACAGCAUCAUAGUCAUGAUCUCAGAAGACGAUGUCAGCAAAGGCACGGGUCACACCAAUGGGGGCAACAUAACCAGCCCGUUUGUCACCGAGACGUACAGAUGUGUGGCUGCGUACGAGACCAAAGACAUCAAGAACAAACCCUUUAAAGUGGCAAAGGACGAAAAAAUGGACGUGCUCAUCAAAGACAAAGGAGGUGAGCAGAGCAGCGUCCAAGCAGAGAUGACCGUCCAUGUCUGCAGGGUAGUGUUUGAUGUGGUCUGUGUUGGUUCAGGGUGGUGGCUGGUGGAGAAGGAAGACAAACGGAUGGCUUGGUUCCCUGCUCCUUAUCUGGAGAAACUGGAUGAGGAGGAGGAGGAUGAUGAAGAUGGAAUUCUUGACAGAGGUGCAUGUCGGACACUUGUCCACUUGUAUGAUGAUAAAGACGGAGGACUUGACACUAACGUAACAUCCUUCACCCCCCCAGGAACACUGUUCACUGCCAUCAGGAACUACACCUCCACCAAGGAGGACGAGAUUAGUGUGAACAUGGGCGGCACCGUGGAGGUCCUGCAGAAGUCCUCCAACGGCUGGUGGUUCAUCAGGUACAAUGGUAAAGCUGGUUAUGUCCCCAGCAUGUACCUCAAGCCCUACAACCCACCUCAAAUCCGCACCAUAUUCCACCACAGUCGACCAGCCUCCUCUCUGUUUCCUGCCCCCCCCUCCAUGUCCCACCAGCUCAGUCACUCUCAGGGAAACCUCCUCCAACUUCCAUCUUCAUCUUCACCCCUGCUGCAUCCAAACACAAAGCUGAUGUCACGCUCCCUUGAUGUUCUCACUGUGCAAACUCCCGUUCUGCCGGUGCACAGCACCUCUGCUACAACCACACCGACGCCUCCGACACACAUCCGCCACCCACCCACCAUCAUGGUGGAGGGGGAUGAAGAGGAGCACCAAAAUGACCACAUCAUCAGGUCAGAGAGCCAGGCCAGCUCGCUGACCAGCAGCAGUGAGUUCAGCCUCAGCGACGACCUCAGUUCCUCCACAGCCAGCUCAACAUUCAACCUGAACCGCAGCACCAACCAUGAACUCCUGCGCCUCAGCCGCACACCUCCACCAACAUCACACAACAGUCUCAGCCCAAACAACGGCACCAUGGGAAACAUGGUCCACGGCACGUCUGAUCCCGGUCUGUUCCAGAGGCCCACAUCCCCCAGGGUGCCGCCCAGGCCUCAGACUGAGGAGAUCCUGCGUCGCUGCACAACAGUCACCCGUAAGAACAUAAUGAGGGACACACCGUGUCCGACACCACCUGAGGUGAUGAGCCAGUGAAGCUGUGAUGGAGUGAAAUAGGAGAAAAAUCAAAACCAGACUGGAAACAAAGAGAAGGAAGUAGUCUAAAAAAACAUGUUUUAGAAUAUUUUCCCUCAACAUUUUAUACAGAAAUGAUCCCAUUGUCACCAGCUGAUAUUACAAGUUUGGUUUGUUAUGACAAAACAGUGAGGAAAUGGAUGUAGAUUCCUAGUGAAUAGGGAGAACUGUCUGGUUAGAACCUACUUUAUUAGAUUAGAAGAAACAACAUAUUUAUCUUCAAAUGAUGAAACUGGGCCACUGUGACAUCGUAAUAAUUUAAAUUAUAACAAGUAUCAUCAAAAAUGUGUCAGAUUUCCAAACCUCAUCUCUUUCUGUCUGGAGUAAGGGGAUUGUUUUCCAUAUUGGAAACCACCGUUGUGCCUUAUAUGCAUUUUUCCUGCGAGUAGUGAAUUUUCUUUGCCAUAAAUAUAUACAAAAGUAUAAUCAC